CUCAUAAGUUGAAGCAGCCAUGAAGGUCCACACAUUGGGGUCAUGGGAGCAAGUCCCCUCCUCCCCUUCCACCUCCUCCUCCCUCUCCUCUUCCUCGGCCAACAACCCCAAGCGCCUCCGUCCGCUCGCACCGAGGCUCACCUCUGCUGCAGUCCCUACGACGGUGGCAACGGAGAUCUCUGCCCCUCCUAAGUUGAGAAAGAGCUUCAGUUCUCCCAUGACCGCCAAAUGCGCCUCCAUAGACUUAGAUGUCUCUCUGAUACAGAUGCAGUCAGGGGGAACGCGGUGGAACCCGACGCCGGAGCAAAUAAAGCUACUGGAGGCACUGUACCAGGGCGGCUUGCGGACACCAAACCCGGUUCAGAUCGAGCGCAUCACCGCGGAGCUCGGCAAGUACGGGAGGAUCGAGGGCAAGAACGUGUUCUACUGGUUUCAGAACCACAAGGCACGCGAGCGCCAGAAGCAGAAACGCAGCGAGCUCGUCGCCCUUGCGGCUAGCGCCGCUCCUCUUCCCCAUCCCGAAAAAGAAGAGAUGAAGGAGUUCCAUGGCGGGAGCUGCAAGCGCAAGUGCAGGAGCUGGGGCAGUCUCGAGCUGGACGUGGAAGAGGAGGGACCCGGCGACCGGACCUUAGAGCUUUUCCCGUUGCACCCAGAGCGGAAGCAGAUGUGAUGGUUGCCACAGAAACAUGAGACUGUGGAUCCCUGUCUUCUUUAAUCUUCAGCUUCUGUGAAGGGGUGGCUGUCUCUUUCCCCUCAUGUUGAGCCACAUCUGUGUCGUUCUUCUUUGGAAGUCCACAGACUCUUUUCCCCCAUCACUGUCCUCCCUAAAGCAACCGCGAAAUUGAACGCCUUUUUCUUUUGUCAACUACAGUUGGCGGAGGAGA